CGUCACGAGCAGAGUGCUCCCACCACCCCCGUCCCCCGCCCCAUGCGGCGGAUGCGAAAUGCAAAACGGCGGUUGUUAGAUGCGGACAAGGGCCCUUCAUUAGCGUCUGGCCAUGGGCACGUACGCGCGAUGGAUACGCGGCCACUGUUCCGGGAUCCCCGUCCACGUCGUCGUCGUCGUCUUCGCCUCGCCGACAAGCAAGGGAACAUGACUUGGUAUGUUGUGUACAAGGGAUACAAGCCUGGAGUGUAUGCAGACUGGGCUGACUGCAAUGCACAGGUUGCUGGUUUUAAGAAGAACUGCUACCAGGGGUUUCCAACAAAGGAAGAGGCAGUAGCCUCUUUCUUAGAGUACCUGGGCUGUGAUGAAGAUGCCAUGGAAACCAAUCGCUUUCCCAAACAACAAGGCAUCACUGAGCCCAAGCAAGUUGUUGGUACAAUGAACAUCUUUCUUCCUAUAGCUAUAUCUCUGAUUGUGCUCUUGGUGGCCAUGGUUAUGUAUGUAUCUAAAUCUUGUUGCACUUGUCCUGCAAAUAAGUAGGUCCUGCAGCUUUUCUAGCUUUCAGAUUAAGUAUUGUAUGCUGAACUAAAUUAAUUCCAAUGGGCAAUGAUGUUAAAACUGAGGCCCAAUUUAGAUGUUGUAACAAGGAGGAUUUCUGUGUGUGUUAUGUUUAUUUUGCUGCAUCUUUGCAAAAUUCAGUUCAAAACAUGUGAAUUGUUGUAUUCUGAUCA